AUGGCCGACCAACUCAAAUCUUUACCUCGUACAGCUCGUCAAUUAUAUGAUUUUAGUUCAACAAAGAUUCCCAAUGCAUUAACUCAACAAGAACUACUCGAUGGAGUUGGCGGUUCUGUCUCGGUGAACAAUUUGAGCAGUUCUCUCAAUUUGCUGCUCAGUAAGCGGCUUUUAGAAGCUCUCCAGCAAGGAAAUACCCUAGUUUAUCGUGCUGUUCCCUUGGAAGAGGCUAAAACAGUUUCUACUAUGGAAGGAGAUGAACAAAUCGUUUAUGAUUUUAUCAAGAAUGCUGGCAAUGAAGGUAUAUGGACAAAGACGUUAACCCUGCGAACCAACUUGCAUGUUCACGUAGUCAAUCGAUGCCUGAAGGCGCUCGAAUCCAAAAAUUUGGUAAAGCCAAUUAAGAGCGUGAAAAAUCCUACCCGCAAAAUAUACAUGCUAUAUGACUUGGUACCCAGUAGUGAACUUACUGGUGGUCCUUGGUUUACUGACCAAGAACUCGAUGUCGAAUUUAUUGAGAAUCUAAAAAAGGUUGUAUACAGGUUCAUUCAUGCUAAAAGCUUUCCACCAAAGAAAAACGCUACUGGCCCCGAUAUGAUAUGGUCUCCUGAGUACAAUGGGUUUCCUACAGCUUUACAAAUACAUACAUGGCUUCGCAACACGAAUAUUACUGAAGUAGAACUUUCUCUUGGAAACGUUAUUUCCUUAGUUGAUGUUUUAAUAUACGAUGGUAAGGUAGAGAAACGCUCUGAUGGCGUUUCCUACCGUUCUGUUCGACCAUCUCCCGAUACUACAAAUGCCUUCACCGAGGUACCUUGUGGUGCUUGCCCAGUGGCAGAUAUAUGUGGUGUAGGAAGUCGGGUUUCACCAGUUACUUGUGAAUAUCUUGACAAAUGGUUGAGCUAG